GUUUUGGAUGGUAUAUAAACCGCUCCAAAUUAUCUAAAGUCAUCAAUUGCUUGGUGUCCUACAAGAAGUAAUCAACAAGAAGUUACUUAUCAGAACAAAGAUGAAAGUGUUCGCUUUAAUUCUUUUAGCUGGAUUUGCUUAUUCGGCAAAAUUAGAUAACACUUAUCUUCCACCCAAUUCAGCAAAAACAGCUGGUGGUGCUCAAUUUUUAAGCACACCCUUUAAUGGACCAUCAAAUUUAAACCCAACUAAUUUUAAUGGACAACCAAUCGAUUUUAAUGGAAAAUCAACAAAUUUCAAUGGACAACCAAUCAACUUUAACGGACAACCAUCUCACCAAUACAUAACCCCAACCCUCCCAACAACACCAGUUUUAAGAAAAUCAUUUUCUACCUUCAAUCAUCAAGUUCCAUCUGGUCCAUCCCCUGUUUAUGGCCCAGCCAAUUUCAGAUCCAAUAACCCAGAAGCUCAUGCUAAUACAAUUCGUGCUGAAAACACCAAUGAUGGAUCAGGAAAUUAUCAAUUCAACUAUGAAACUGAAAAUAAAAUCGCUCAAAAUGAACAGGGACAAUUGAAAGCAGUGACCGAUGGUGAAGCUUCCGUUGUACAAGGAAGUUACUCUUAUCCUGGGGAUGAUGGUAAAGUUUACACCGUAAACUAUAUUGCUGAUGAAAAUGGAUUCCAACCUAUUGGUGAACACAUCGAUCAAGCCAUUUCUUCCGCUGCCUCUGAUGCUGCUAAAUCCGCUGGUGCUGAAGGACAACGUGGAUAUAAUUACAAUGCUCAACAAGGUUAUAAUACCCCAAAAAGUUAUUCUGCUCAACAACCUGAAGUAGUUGGAAAUUACCAAGGAGGAUUUAAUAACAAACAACAACCAGGAUUCGGAGGAAAACAAGGAUUUGGAGGUCAACAAGGAUUUGGAGGUCAACAAGGAUUUGGGGGUCAACAAGGAUUUGGAGGUCAACAAGGAUUUGGGGGUCAACAAGGAUUUGGAGGUCAACAAGGAUUUGGAGGUCAACAUGGUCAAUCAGGAUACGCUGCUCCUCAACAAGGAGUAGAUGCUCAUCAAGGAUUGAGUUCUCAUCAACCAACUUUUAAUGGACAACAAGCUUACACUCAACAAGAUGCUAGCAAUGGAGGAUAUAAAUAUUAGAAAUGAAUAACAACGAUUUAUUGUGAUUUAUAAUAAUCUGUAAGGCAUGCAAAUUGUAAAAAAAGGAAAAUAAAUGGUUUUCCUAAAAU